GUGUAUGAUGUACGGGUGUAAACUCAUUGUAUCGAGGUCAAAUCAGUGAGUUCCCAAACUCAAAUGAUUAUGCGGUCAUCCCUGCGGGUUCCCGAGAAUAUAUUCCAGUACGAAGUUAAGGAAAGACACGAAAGACACACAUUUCUCUCCAAUUCUCUCCUGUCCAACUUUGUAUCGCGACGUGUUCUCGUAUCACAACAUCCGACGAUUAAAUUCAUAUUCAAACAUCCCUCCCGCAAAUCGCGUUCUUUUAACAUCGAGAAGUUAGCCAUUGACCUUGCGCGCCUGAAUAAGCGACGCACUUCGGUUCGUUACACCCACGCGUCGCGACAACUUCUCAGCCAGGCGCAAAUUUGUCUGCGUAAUUUGUGGGAAAACAAUCCGUUCAACGCGAUGGAGUCGUUGUUUGAUUUGUGCGUGAGCGACAUAAACGAUAUGCUGCCGCAUAUGAAGAACCGAUUAAUGUCGGGAAACGCGCAGGUCUGGGUCGUAGAAAAGAUCCUGAUGUUCCUGAGGGAUACGAGGGAAUCUGAGAGAGGCGUCGUCGUGGGACAGCUCGUCAGAUUCGACAUGAUAUCCACCAUAUGUGACGUCAUGCAGACGUCGGAUGAAGAUUUCAUCAAAGUCGUCCUCGAGUGUUUCGAGAUUCUGAGCGCCCACAAAGAAUUCUAUGAGAAUCAAGCGGCUAUAAUAGCUAUACAGACAAUGUUGAGACUCAGUUACUGUGUAAAUAAAUCACUCAAAGACUCAGCGCUGUUUGAGAGACUUAUUCAGAGCGUCUCCGGUGUACUUGUUAGAUCGCUAAAAUUAGAUGUGAGCUUCGACACGGACUGUAUUCUGCAGCAAAUUGUACUUUUCGUGAAGAAUCUGAAUGUCGAAGAUUUGCAGAAGAAUAAGCUAAAAUUUGCGGCUGUCACGAUGUUAAAUGUCGUCCUGCAGAAACAAGCAGUUUUUGAUAAUAGUACUGAUGAGGAGAUUAUCGACGUCUGUCACAAUGUGUUAAAGUCAAUGACAAAAAUUGUCAAAUGCAGCGACGACGACAACGCGAUUUUAUUCGCCGCUGAUUCAUUGUGCAGUACUUGCGCUAGCAGUUCUCGAUUCUGUUUCAUGCAAGAUUCGAGGGAAAAGAAUCAGAUCGAGCUUAAGAUUCGCGAGAAGAAAGACGAUUUGGAAAUUUGCGUGUACGAUACGAUGAUGGAUAUACUUAUACCAUACAUUAAAGACGCGGACUUGUCUCGUCUCGACUUGAUCGAGUUUUAUAAAAAUCUCAUCUCUUGUCUAAACCACUUGUAUCAGCUAAACAACUGUAAUAAGGACAACUUGUCAAACCACUUGACUGCCAAUGGUUAUUUGAAGCGCUUCUUAUAUUUGACCGUACAGUUUUCAGAGAAUUUACGAAGGAGCACCUGCAUAUUACUAUCAUGGAUUCUAGGUAUUCUCGGUAAAACGGCAUUCUCCAUAGAAAGAGCAAAGUUUGCAAAUAUUUUGCAUUUAGGUCUCCUUCAAUUGCCGAAAGAUUCGACAAAAUGGGACGACGCCAUAGCACACAAAAAAGAUGGGACGGCCCUUAUAAUUCUGCUAUACUAUCAUUUUCUUGGCACUCAAGAAAACGACGUGAUAUCCUUAGAAUCGCUAAUUGCUAGAAUCAUGCUACUCCCGAAGUCUGUGCCGAUUUCAGUCACGAUUUUAAAACCUCUGUGGCUGUUAUUUGCUGUAACGUCUCUAUCUCAUCCGCGUCCUAAUUUAGUAUAUCGUUAUGAAAACGCGGUUAAUCAAAUGACGAGUAUUUUACAACAUUCAGAGAUCAGCGAAUUUUAUACCCAUCAUAUUGAUCUUGUACGUUAUUGUCUUAAAUGUCCAAGCAUUUCGCAAGACUUACUGAACCGAGUUUUAAAUUUGUGGCUGAUAGAGUCCGAUGGCGACAUCAGGCCACUAUCAUUCAGUUGCGACAAAGUUGUUCAUCAUUUAUUGUUCGUGAUACGUGUCGGUUAUCCCAAACCUAUUGUUAAUGUUGCUGUGAAAGGGCUUCAUCAUUUAAUGCAAAUGGUCAAAGAUAAUACACAGCUCGUGGACGAAGUCGCGGCUAUUGUGUGGCGUUUGUUACCUAAUAUUCUUUCAUCGUAUUCAUCAGAUUAUGUCGCGCAUAUAGAGACGGUUCUGGAAUUAGCUAAUACUAUCCGACCAUCGACGAUACCGAUAGCUUUCAUAAUAUCCAGCGCCGAUAAUAUUGUCAAUAUUAUAUUAAAGAAGAACACAGAUACGAAAUUCAUGACUUUAAUUUUAACACAAGCGUACAUUUUGUUAGAUACCGCUAUGUCAUGCAAGACAUUUGAAGUGCUUCAAACAUAUGUAGAUAAUUUGUGGCUGUUGAAACAGCUAUACAAAUACGGAUUUUCGAAAGAAAGAUCACAAUUAUCCACCGCUAGUAUAAAACUGCUCGCGUUUAUUAUUUAUUGUCAAAAGAAAUCGUCAGUAAAGUGCAAAAAGCCAUUGACGGUACAAAUAAAAAACUUGCUUCAGCUGUUAACAUACGCAAGAAAAUCACCGAGCUGCAUAGCAAACGGAAUGCAAUUUAUAUGCAAACUUUUAACAUUAAAUGAUGAUGGAUUGGCCAUCGUUUUGCAAGAUAUCACGAUCGAUAUCGAUAAUAAGUAUCUAAUUAAUCUUUAUGAGGUUUACCAUACCAUUCAUGCACAGACACACCCAAUAUCGCAAGAUGUGGUAUAUCAAAGUUUAGUGGCUCUAUUACACUUUUGUAAUACUAAAGCAACUACGCUAAUGCCUUAUCUUUGCAGCAUACUGAGUACUUGUGAUCUCAUUUUUAACAUAAAUACGCAACAUCUAUCGUGUCACUUCGUCGAAUUCGUCGUUACGUGGCUUCAUUAUCGCAAAGCAAAUUGUCACGAUAUACCUAAAGGAUAUAUCUAUAAAACACCCUUUGAUGAAGUAUUGGAUAAACUUAAAGAAUAUUUAGUACUUCUUGAUGACAAAGGAAUGAAAGACGCUUAUCUGAAUUUGCAAAGAGCGCUGUCACAGUUUAAGUGAAAAAAUAACAACUUUAUAGAUCAUAUCACAUUAUAUCGCAAUACAUGUAGUUUUUAUUAAGGAGAAAGUUGUAAAACUGGAUUUAUAUCUGGAAUAUCAAAUUUUCUGUUAAAUAGACGUAAGUUAAUUUCUAAAAGAAUUUGUGUUCUAUAUUUUGAAAAAAUAGAGUUAUAUAACAUUAAA